AUGAGCGAGAGGCGGAGGUCGGCGGUGGCCCUCAGCUCCCGGGCGCACGCAUUCUCUGUCGAAGCCUUGAUUGGGACGAAUAAAAAGAGGAAACUGCGGGACUGGGAGGACAAGGGGCUGGAUUUGUCCAUGGAAAGCCUCAGCCCCAAUGGCCAGCUGGGCGACGGCGAGGACCCGACGCAAUGCCUGGACCUCAACCCCGACUCAGAACAGAGCACUGGGUCAGACACAGAGGUGUUGGCAGAAAGAACAUCCUGCUCUUUUGGCUCCCAUUCUGACCUUACAUCUGGUGGAUCGGGUCCUCAGCCUCCUCCACCUUCAUCCAUGGAAGAGAUCCAAGUAGAACUGCAGUGUGCUGACCUCUGGAAAAGAUUUCAUGACAUUGGGACAGAGAUGAUCAUCACAAAAGCAGGCAGGAGAAUGUUUCCAGCCAUGAGGGUGAAAAUCACAGGUUUGGAUCCUCACCAGCAGUACUAUAUUGCUAUGGACAUUGUACCAGUGGAUAACAAGAGAUACAGGUAUGUGUACCACAGCUCCAAAUGGAUGGUGGCUGGCAAUGCCGACUCUCCAGUGCCCCCAAGGGUUUACAUCCACCCGGACUCAUUGGCUUCUGGAGACACCUGGAUGAGGCAGGUGGUCAGUUUUGACAAGCUCAAGCUGACCAACAAUGAACUUGAUGAUCAAGGACAUAUAAUUUUACAUUCAAUGCAUAAGUACCAGCCUCGUGUUCACGUCAUCCGCAAGGAUUUCAGCAGUGAUCUUUCUCCGACGAAGCCAGUUCCCUCAGGAGACGGGGUGAAAACCUUCAACUUCCCUGAGACUGUCUUUACCACAGUGACAGCCUACCAGAAUCAACAGAUCACCAGAUUAAAAAUUGACAGAAACCCUUUCGCUAAAGGCUUCAGAGAUUCUGGGAGGAACAGGACGGGGCUGGAGGCCAUCAUGGAGACCUACGCCUUCUGGAGGCCUCCUGUGCGCACCCUCACCUUUGAGGAUUUCACCACCAUGCAGAAGCAGCAAGGAGGCAGCACUGGCACCUCCCCAACAACCUCCAGCACAGGGACUCCAUCACCCUCUGCUUCCUCUCACCUUCUCUCUCCAUCCUGCUCCCCUCCAGCCUUCCAUCUGGCCCCCAACACUUUCAAUGUUGGUUGCCGGGAGAGUCAGCUUUGCAACCUCAACCUGUCUGACUACCCUCCAUGUGCCAGAAGCAACAUGGCUGCCCUGCAGAGCUACCCAGGGCUUGGCGACAGUGGCUACAACCGGCUGCAGAGUGGCACUGCUUCCGCCUCACAGCCCUCCGAAAGCUUCAUGCCUCAGAGGACUCCAUCUUUGAUCUCAGGAAUGCCAACUCCUUCUUCUCUGCCCAACAACAGCAAGAUGGAGGCCUACAGCAGCCAGCUGGGGUCCUUCCCCAGCUCCCAGUUUCAGUAUGUCAUGCAAGCAGGCAAUCCUGCAUCCAGUUCUUCUUCUUCACACAUGUUUGGUGGCAGCCACAUGCAGCAGAGCUCCUACAAUGCCUUCUCCCUGCACAAUCCCUACAACCUCUAUGGAUACAAUUUCCCUGCUUCCCCAAGGCUGGCAGCAAGCCCGGAAAAACUCACCACUUCCCAAAGCACUUUACUCUGCUCUUCCCCAUCCAGUGGGGCCUUUGGAGAGAGGCAAUACCUUUCCACAGGGAUGGAUCAUGGGAUGCACAUGAUCAGCCCUCCCUCCAGCAACCAGCAGACAGCCAAUGCCUGUGACAACAGACAGUAUGGUGCCGUUCAGGGCUCUUCCUCACAAAUGUCUGUGCACAUGGUCUAA